AAACCUACUGAUGUCCGGGUCGUUGUCGAUGGCUCCAGAAGGAUCAGCAGUUAAGCAUUUACUCCCCGUUACAAACAUAAAGACGAAAGCGUCGACAUGUUGCGUGGCAAAACUGUUAUCGUGACCGGGGCGAACAGUGGCAUUGGAAAAGCCACGACCACGGAGCUGCUGCGGCGUCAGGCCCGGGUGAUUAUGGCAUGUAGAGACCGAGAACGAGCAGAGAAAGCGGCCCAGGAGAUCAAGCAGGAGGCCGGACCAGAGCAUGGGGAACUGGUGAUCAAACUCUUGGACCUGGCGUCGCUAAAAUCUGUCCGCGUGUUCUGCGAAGGGAUAAUAAAGGAAGAGCCGAGAAUCGACAUCCUGAUUAACAAUGCAGGAAUUUACCAGUGCCCUUACACCAAAUCAGAAGACGGCUUCGAGAUGCAGUUUGCUGUCAAUCAUCUGGGUCACUUCCUGCUCACUAACCUCCUGCUGGACCUCCUCAAGUGCUCUGCCCCAAGCCGCAUCAUCGUGGUUUCCUCCAAGCUCUACAAGUAUGGCGAAAUAAACUUUGAUGACCUAAACAGUGAGCAGAGCUACGACAAAGCUUUCUCUUACGCCCGGAGUAAACUAGCCAAUCUUCUGUUCACGCUGGAGCUCUCGCACAAACUUAAAGAGACGGGAGUCACAGUAAACGCUCUCACCCCAGGAAUUGUGAGAACUAACCUGGGCAGACAUGUCCACAUCCCACUGCUGGUGAAGCCUCUGUUUAACUUGGCAUCAAGGGCCUUCUUCAAGUCCCCUGAGGAGGGGGCGCAGACGUCUGUCUAUCUGGCCUGCUCUGAGGAUGUGGAGGGGGUUCAAGGGAAAUGCUUUGCUGACUGCAAGGAGGAACAGUUGUUAGCUAAAGCCACAGAUGAAGAGGUGGCCAAGAAACUGUGGGACAUCAGUGAAGUAAUGGUGGGCAUCACAACCUAAAUCUUACACUUUACAAGACGUAUGUCCAUGAUUAUUUCAAAAUUGGCAACUCUGAGAAAAUAAAAGCUAACAGAUUAUCCCCAUCAUGUAUUCUGGACAAACUUUUAAAACAUACUCAUGCUAACAUCCACAGGGGGGAGCUGUUUUUGACAUGCAUGUAUUGUGCAUUUGAAAUGCUAACUCAGUAACAGCAGGCAGAUUUGUAGAUAUGCUGCAACAGUAACAAUGCUUUUGUCAAUAUAUAUUUAAGGAAUUUAUAUUUUAAUGAAACUGAUCUGUUAUCACAUUUUAUUUUAUGUUUUUUUAUGACACGUUGGCUAAGGCUAUACUCAAUCUAAACAGGGGGACAAGACUGCAGUCAGUAGUGUACAAGGACACUUCACUGACUGAGACUAAGUGCACAUAAUGAGAAUUUUUGAUCGCAGUAUUGGGUUGUUACAGUCCCUUCUGUUAAGAGUGGAAUGUUUAUGCAUUUAAUUGUACUUUACUUACUCAACAACCUACAUGCUCAGUUUUAAGAUACUCUAAACAAAGGAAAUGUACAGUAGCAAUACCUGCAUUUCAUGUGUGUGUGUGUGUGUGUAAGUGAGUGAGUGAGAUAUAACUAAUAAUAUUAAAAGAAAAUAAUAUUUUUAAAGGAA